AUGAACGGUGACGGCACGUCGAUUUCUGAGGCUGGUUCUAAAAGUGAUCCAGCUUCUGUAGGAUUAACAUAUAAUGAAUUGCCAGGCGAUUUGGUGGUUCUAAAUGUUCUUCUCUUGGAUGAUGAUCAAGAGCACCUCCAUGUUCUUAGAAAGACUCUUGAAGAAUGUCAGUAUCAAGUUACAAUCUGCAUUCAAUAUGAAAGAGCCUUGGAAAAGCUUAGGCAGAAUAAAGACGGGUUUGAUCUUCUUCUCAGCAGUGACAUUGUGUCAGGUGUGGAUGGAUUCAAUAUUCUCAAAGAGAUUAUCAUGGAGUUUGACAUCCCGGUCAUUAUAAUGUCAGGAGAAGAUAGGAGAACAAGAAGAAUUAAGAGCAUCGAACAUGGCUUCUGUGAUUAUCUGGUCAAACCGAUCAGGAUUGAAGAACUGAGGGACAUAUGGCAGCACGUGGUCCGAAAGAGGAAGUGUACCUUCCAAGAUUUGCUGCGAGUCAGAAGUCUUGAGAACAAAAACUACCACGAGCCGAAUCUUGAUAACAUGAGCAAGAGCCCAAAGAGUUCAAAGAGGAAGAACAACAGUGGAGAUAGCAGUAAACACGAGCAGAAUGAUGUCAUGCCGCCAAUGAAGAAGCAACGUGUUGUUUGGGAUGCGGCUCUUCAUGCACUGUUUGUCUCGGCAGUUAUGAAACUCGGUGGCAACAAGGCCGUUCCAAAGAAAAUCUUGGAGCUGAUGAAUAUUCCUGGCCUUACUAGGGAAAAUGUAGCUAGCCAUCUCCAGAAAUAUCGUCAGCAUCAGAAGAAGAAUCAGGAAAGCUGGGAAAACGCUUUUGGGCCCAUGUCCUCCUAUAGCAAUCUUGACUUACAUGGACAUGUUAGCCAUGAGAUAAAUAUGAGCCAAAGGCAGCAAAUGAUGAACCACAAAGAGUCGCACCAAUAUCUUCAGACCUUGCAGAAUAUGAAUAUGCAUGCUCAUAUGGCUCUGCCAUAUCAAUCAAUGGAGCCAAAUCCAAUGAUGUUCGGAAAUGCAGGGAAUCCGAUUUUUUCUAAUGGGGUAGCUGAAACGGAUUUUCCCAAUGGGAGUGGCACCAUUGAAAUGGGAAGAGAGGAAGUCUAUCAUCCAGUUUUGCAGUCACCAUCAUCCUUUGAUUUUCCGAUUAACACCCAUCUGGAAUAUCAGCUGAAUGGACUUCCCUUUGUUAAUGAUUUCCAUAAUGAUUUCUCGCAAAUUGGACUCAGGGAUUGGGAGUGGAACUUCCAACAUGGGAAUAUCAUUCCUGAUCAGCCUUACAUCAUUCCAGACGCGGGAGUGACUUAUGAUAUGCAGAGGAACCUUCCUCUUGGUGACAAUGCAGUGAGGAUAAAGCCGGAAACUUUUCCUGGCACAAAUUUGCAGCCUAGGAUUCCUGCACCUUUCAGGACGGCCCAGCUUCCUGAUCAGAUCAAUCAGCAAGGAGCCAUGGACAUGAUCAAACACGGACCUGGCUUCAAUGGGUUUCCGACAGACAAUGUAGUAGUUUCAGCAGGUUUAGUGUCCAUGGUACUAGCUCAUCACCCUGGAUCAUCAGGUUGCCUCGAUGCAGCUGUCAACAACCAGGACACGGCAAUAGGCGUUUGUGUUGUUUAA